AUGCUGGUGAAAUAUUUAUCUGAGACAGCACAUGGCCCUUUCUUCCUAUUGUACCUUAAAGUAACCCUCAAGAAGGUUUGGAAAAAACCCUGGCCUUCCUGGCUUUGCAGUCCGUUGAACUUGGCGGAGCGCUAACCCGUUGUCAUGUCGAAGCUCAAGUGCUCGGAGUCGGUCAGGGUUGUGGUGCGAUGCCGGCCAAUGAACAGCAAGGAGAAGGCCGCCUCCUACGAACAGGUGGUUGGUGUAGAUGUCAAGUUGGGGCAGGUGUCGGUGAAGAACCCCAAGGGGGCUUCUCACGAACUGCCAAAAACGUUCACUUUUGAUGCCGUUUACGACUGGAAUUCCAAACAGUUUGAACUGUACGACGAGACGUUCCGGCCUUUGGUGGACUCUGUGCUGCAGGGGUUCAAUGGGACCAUCUUUGCCUACGGACAGACUGGGACAGGGAAAACCUACACGAUGGAAGGGGUGCGUGGGGACCCUGAAAAACGAGGGGUUAUCCCCAAUUCCUUUGACCACAUCUUCACCCAUAUCUCCCGAUCCCAGAACCAGCAGUAUCUUGUAAGGGCUUCUUAUUUGGAGAUCUACCAGGAGGAAAUCAGAGACUUGUUGUCAAAAGAUCAGUCCAAACGACUGGAACUGAAAGAGAGACCAGACACGGGAGUGUAUGUCAAAGAUUUGUCAUCUUUCGUCACAAAAAGCGUCAAAGAAAUAGAGCAUGUUAUGAAUGUAGGGAACCAGAACCGUUCGGUGGGAGCGACCAACAUGAAUGAGCACAGCUCCCGUUCCCAUGCCAUUUUCGUCAUCACGAUUGAAUGCAGCGAGGUGGGGCUUGACGGAGAGAACCACAUACGUGUCGGGAAACUCAAUCUUGUGGACCUUGCCGGCAGUGAGCGCCAGUCUAAAACCGGAGCCCAGGGGGAGAGGUUGAAAGAAGCAACCAAAAUCAACCUGUCUCUCUCUGCUCUCGGCAACGUCAUUUCGGCCCUCGUAGACGGCAAAAGCACUCAUAUUCCCUAUCGGGACUCAAAGUUAACCAGGCUGCUUCAGGAUUCGUUAGGGGGCAACGCCAAGACGGUGAUGGUCGCCAACAUCGGCCCUGCCUCCUAUAAUGUAGACGAGACCCUCACCACUCUGCGAUACGCCAACCGGGCCAAGAACAUCAAGAACAAACCCAGAGUGAAUGAAGAUCCCAAGGAUGCCUUGCUGCGGGAAUUCCAAGAGGAAAUUGCUCGGCUCAAGGCACAGCUGGAAAAGCGGUCCGUUGGGAAGCGGAAGAAGAAGGACAGGAGGAGGGACGGGGGCGCAGGCGGGGAGGACGACGACGACGAUGAAGAAGAUGGCGAAGAUGGGGAGGAAGACGCGGCUGACAAAGAUGACUACUGGAUGCAGCAACAAGAGAAGCUGGAGAUAGAGAAGAAGGCGAUCCUCGAGGAUCACAGCUUGGUGGCCGAGGAGAAGAUGCGGUUGCUGAAGGAGAAGGAGAAGAAGAUGGAAGAUCUGAAACGCGAGAAAGAAGCAGCUGAAAAGCUGAGCGCCAAAAUCAAGGCCAUGGAAAGCAAACUCCUUGUUGGAGGGAAAAAUAUUGUCGAUCACACAAAUGAACAGCAGAAAAUUUUGGAACAGAAGCGGCAGGAGAUUGCUGAGCAGAAACGACGGGAGCGAGAAAUUCAACAGCAGAUGGAAAGUCGAGAUGAGGAAACGCUGGAGCUGAAGGAGACCUAUAGCUCCCUGCAGCAAGAGGUGGACAUUAAAACUAAAAAACUGAAAAAGCUCUUUUCUAAGCUUCAAGCCGUGAAGGCCGAAAUCCAUGACCUUCAAGAGGAGCACAUCAAAGAACGACAAGAACUGGAACAAACCCAGAAUGAACUCACACGGGAACUGAAGCUAAAGCAUCUGAUUAUUGAGAACUUCAUUCCCUUGGAAGAGAAGAACAAGAUUAUGAAUCGGUCAUUCUUUGACGAGGAGGAAGACCAGUGGAAGCUGCACCCCAUCACCCGGCUGGAGAACCAACAAAUGAUGAAAAGGCCAGUGUCUGCAGUGGGAUAUAAAAGACCUCUGAGCCAACACGCUAGGAUGUCCAUGAUGGUCCGUCCAGAGGCCCGUUACAGGGCCGAAAACAUUGUGCUCUUGGAACUGGACAUGCCUAGCCGAACAACACGAGACUAUGAGGGCCCAGCCAUCGCUCCAAAAGUUCAAGCCGCACUCGAAGCAGCUUUGCAAGAAGAAGAUGAGAUCCAGGUGGACGCAUCCACUUUCGAGAGUACAUCAAACAAGAAGCCAAAAUCCAGGCCUAAAACUGGAAGGAAAUCUGGAGGCUCUUCUUCUGGCGGUUCAGGAUCUCCGUUCUAUCCCCAGUCUCGUGGGCUGGUCCCCAAGUGAGCUGCUGUUUUUGGUGAGGGUGUAGCUAAGGUUUCAAGAGCUGAGGCAAGGAAGGACCUGUGGGGAGGAGGGUGUUAUGUGACCAAAUUGUAAAACUGUUCCCUUUGAGCAGUGGCCCUGUCUGCAUCUGAACUGAUUGGUGUCUCUUGGGGGGGGGGGUUUCCCUGUGGACCUCUACUUAGUGUGACUUUUUCCCUCCCUCCCACUGACCAUCUUUAAGGUGAAAGUAACUCUAAUUAGGAAAUUGGAAAUACACGAGGUACAUUUUAGUAUGUUCUAGAAGCAUCAAGAACGAUGGGCAUCUCCUCAGCACAUGGCCACCUCUACACUUUUUAUUGUGUUUUCGUAGGAAUUGUAUUGCUUUUUUUUUGUCCUUGGGACAAGAGUCAAAGGCCAUCUUGGCAGGACCCACGCUAAAAUAUUUGGAGAGAGGUUCAAAAGCGGCAUGGGGAGUUUAUCCAGCAACUGUGGAUGUUUCUUCCUUUCGUUUACUUUUUUUUUGUUAAAAAAAGACUGGCACCUUUGGAUUUAUUGUGUUGGGAGUGGUUGUGUAUAAACUGGGGAAGAGAGGAGAUUGAAAUGUAACCCUCAACUGAUGAGACACAUCUUUUUAGAAAUGCAGACCAAAGGAGAGCUUGGAAAACCCCAUUCUUCUCCUUCCUCUGGGAACAAAAGCAAUAGAAACUCGAUCAAAUCUUUACCUGUUUACAAGGAUUGGUAACACCUGUUCUAGGUGGAACUCCUAGAGACUUCAUCUGUGACCAGCAGGGCCCAUUUUUCCCAACAGUGCCCUUGAAUACUCAUUGUGAGCUUCACAUUAGGAUUCUUUCUGUGCCCAUUCCAUGCCUAGUUAUGAUCCACUGGGCACCCUUCCUUGGGGCAUAGGCUCAAGGCCAUUGCUUUUAUUGUCUUCCACUGUCAGCGUGGUCUGUUUUGUUUUAUGUUUUCUUUAAAAAAAAGAUGGAAAGUUAAGCAUUUGCAGGAUCAGGCUCUCCGAGAAAAAUUUCAAGUUCAGACCAGAUUUGCCUCCUCAUCUUAUCCUUGGUGUGAAAUCUUUUAAUGUAUGGAGUCCCCAGUUUUCCCAGUUGGAUGGGGAUCAAGUUUAAGUCUGAGCCGAGUUUGAAAAGGAGGGCACUGGACCAGUUUGUAGAGGUCAGGCUCAUUUGAGGAGCUCCUGUUUUACCUCACCCCCUCCUUCAAACCUGGCCUGAGUAAAGAAGGCUGCUUUAUGGGGUGGUAAGAUGCUGCUAAACUGGAUGGGGAUCAGCAGGCUGGAGAAGGUGCUCCCUGUAUAUCAUUUUACAGUUCCGCUGGUUAAGUUUAAAAUGGUUGUAUAUGAAUAUGUAAUUCAGUUGUUAAUAUUCGGGUGGGGAGGGGGGGAGCUUGAUGUUGACUAUUGUACUGUGAAUAUUUUUUCCACUGGGUUCCUCCUUGAAUGGUCUAAUGGCCCCCCUCUUCUCGGAUGUGCUCUGUGUGUGUGUGCGCACACAGGUAUGUAUGAAUGAAUGAGAACUUGCUUGGUUUUUGAAAUCCUCUUGAUGUGUCUCAAUGCCUCUGACUUGUGUGCUUGUUAAGUGGUCUCUGAGCAGCCCUCUCCAGGGUGCGCUGGCCUCCCAAAGAUCUGACACUCCAAGAGGCAUCUUGCUGGCAUAGUGCCUCGAUUCAGUCCAGAGGUGCUCAAACAGGUCCUGCUGCUUUGAAUUCAUGGAUGUCUUUCUGAGGUGCCCCUGGUCUGCUGCUUUGAAAAGACUGUUUCUGAGGGCAUGGAGGAGGACUGCACCUCUGGCGUUGUGGGGGAGAGGGGCAGAAACUCAUUUGCUCUGGAGUUUCAUUGGUCAGAGGAACCUGGGAUUGCAUUCCUAUUUCAGUUAGCUGGACUGUUUCUGAUAGAGCCUUUUGCUUUGGCUCUUGCAGUAUGAAAGCACCUGUCAUUUCCAACCCAACCUACUCCCAUCCUCUCUUUUCCUCUAUUAAUCCCUUUGUUAUGAAAGAUAAGGAUUGUAUAACUUAUAUUGUGAAGUACAGCAGUUGUGACAUAAGGCAGACAAAGUUCCAGCUGUGGAUCUGCAGGUUCUUGUCAGUUCUUUGGUAUUCUGUAAAAAAACAAACAAACAAAAAAACACAAUUCUGAGAACGGGACUGGUAGUUUCAUUUUAGUUUGAACGGGCAAGGCAAACCAGUGCCACGCAGGCUUCUGCAGGCUUGCUUGGAGAAAUCACUUGGCAAGGUUUUUGCAGGGAGAUGCCAGAGAAGUGGAAGCCAAGAGCCUCUUUAUUUCUAAUUGGCGAUGCUGUGAAGGAGCAAAGCAAUCUCUAGACAUGUCCUAGUAAACCUGAUGUCUCGGUCUUGUUGAGUCUCUUGUGUGACUGGGUGAGAAAAGAGGUCCAGUAAAGCCUAAGAAAAGGUUGUAGAACUAGAUUCCCUGUAGGAACUUGCUGGCAAUAUUUUAUUUCUUAACUCUGAGACAUAUAGUUGUAUUUUCUUCCCCCCCUCCCAAAGCUAUAUCCCAUAAAAGUCACUCUUGAAGGUCAGAGCCAGAUAUUGCAUGAUGCCGAAUACUUAUCAAUUGAAGCUGUUUCUUUAAAAGCAUGAAACUCUUUGGUGCAGCUUUUAAAAUUACAUGGAACACUUCCCUCCGUGCCAGGAUUUUGACUGGCAGGAGAUUCUGCAUCUGUCCUUCAACACCUAACACAGACCUGAUCACUAACAUCUGAAACCUUACUUUAAAAUAAACUCUCUGCAGAUCUGUGCGCCCUGUCUGUGGUUUCUGACUGUUCAUCUCAGGCUUCUCUCAAAAGUGUCUGUAAGAGACUCUAAAGAUCCUAGUCAGUUGUGAGGAUUCUCAGCAGCUUGUGAGCUUUAAGUUGUUGGCCCAGCUCUUACCAGUUUGGGUCUGUCCUGCUUUCACAUCACAGGCCCAAACCCUCAACAACCCUACUUGAAAUUAUUUGUGCUCCUGCUCAUUUCAGUGGGGUUCACAAAGGAGCCUUGCAUUUUACAUUGGACACCAUGAUCUUCUGCUAGAUUCCUCAGCCUGUUUGGGAACACCUCGAAUUGCCUCCCCCCCUUUUUUUGGUCUGUACAUAAAGAGCAAACGUGUCAAUAAUUUUUGUCUAUAGAUUUUACAGCUUGUUAUCUGUAAUCAUCUCUCUUGUCUAGGAAUGUAAAAGUGAACCUAAAAAGAAGUGUAAUAAAAAUCAAUCAAAUUUAUUGUAAGUAAAAUAAUAAUAAUAAUAAUAAAGCUUA